AUGGAGAAGAUUCCUAUCUUCGCACGUUGCUUACUUUUCAAAGGGGGGUGUACCAGUUAUGAAGAUCUUAGAACAAUCAAUGGCGUGUUUUUUCCUACAUUUAAAGAUGCCUGCUAUUCUUUAGGACUUCUAGAUUAUGAACGAAAUCAAGAUGCGCUUUUUACAGAAGAAAGUAUAAAAAACAUAACACUUGCUGAAAUUGAUAAGGUGUUACAGAGCAAUGCAUCUGUUAGAUCAAAAGCUGAAACAGUACUUAAUGUUGCUUCUAGCGGAAUUGUUUCCCUUCUGCUUCUUGGAGGACGAACAACACAUUCUAGAUUUCGUAUUCCUAUUCAGAUCAAUGAAGAUUCAAAGUGUAAUAUAAAGCCAAAUUCUACUAUAGCUGAGUUGCUGUCAAAAACGAAGUUAAUCAUUUGGGAUGAAGCACCAAUGGUGCAUAGAUUUUGUUUUGAGGUUCUGGAUAGAACACUUAGAGAUGUUCUUAGAUUUUCUGACACGAGCUGCGUUGAUAUGCCAUUUGGUGGAAAAAUUGUUGUUCUAGGAGGUGACUUUCGGCAAAUAUUACCUGUCAUUCCUCAUGGCAACAGACAGGAGAUAGUAAAUGCAACCAUAAAUUCUUCUCAUCUAUGGUUCCAUUGUCAUUUAUUAACUUUGACCAAGAACAUGCGUCUUAAUUCUGGAAGUACCACUCAUGAUGUGAAGGAAAUAAAAGAAUUUUCUGAGUGGCUACUUAAAGUUGGGGAUGGUGAUCUUGGAGAUGAUGAAGACGAAGAAUCUAUGAUAACAAUUCCAGAUGAAUUAUUGAUUACAGAAUCAGAAGAUCCACUUUCAGAUAUGGUUAAUUUUGUUUAUCCGAAUCUCUUGGAUAAUAUUCUAGAUCCAACAUUUUUCAAAGAACGUGCUAUUCUAACUCCUAAAUUGUCCGAUGUUUCUAUGUUGAACGAGCACCUGAUAUCUAUGAUUCCUGGUGAAGAAAGGACAUUUUUGAGUUCAGAUAAAAUUCUGAAGCAAGAUGUGGCUUCCUCCGUUAAGGAUGAUGAAUUCACACCUGAGAUCUUAAAUACACUCUUGUGCUCAGGGAUUCCUGAUUAUAAAUUAACCUUGAAGGUUAAAGUUCCAGUAAUGUUAUUGAGAAAUAUUGAUCAGUCCAAAGGUUUAUGCAAUGGCACAAGGCUGCUCAUUACAAAAUUGGGGAAUCAUGUUGUUGAGGCAAUUGUUCUUACAGGAAGUAAUAUAGGUGAAACUGUGUUAAUCCCUAGAAUGAUGAUGAACCCAUCAAGUCACACAUUUCCUAUAAAUUUCAAAAGAAGACAAUUCCCCCUUAUUGUUUUAUUUGCCAUGACUAUCAAUAAGAGCCAAGGACAAUCUCUUUCGCAUGUUGCAAUUUAUCUCCCUAAGUCUGUCUUCACUCAUGGGCAAUUAUAUGUGGCACUGUCUAGAGUAAAGAGCAAGCAUGGCAUGGAUUGA